GUGACGCAACAGACGUUGUAUAAAUUUCAGGUUCGCCGAGCCAGAGUGUCCAGAGGCGGCUGGGUUUUUGGAGCGACGUCAUUUUUGUUUUGCUGGUUCGGCGUUAUUGUAUCUGGGUAUUCGCCAGCAGGUCAAAAUGCAGAUCUUCGUGAAGACCCUCACUGGCAAGACAAUCACCCUGGAGGUGGAGCCCAGCGAUACCAUCGAGAACGUGAAGGCCAAGAUCCAGGAUAAAGAAGGCAUCCCUCCCGACCAGCAGAGGCUCAUCUUUGCUGGCAAGCAGCUGGAGGAUGGCCGCACUCUCUCUGAUUACAACAUCCAGAAAGAGUCGACCCUGCACCUCGUGCUCCGUCUGAGGGGUGGUAUGCAGAUCUUCGUGAAGACCCUCACCGGCAAGACCAUCACCCUGGAGGUGGAGCCCAGCGAUACCAUCGAGAACGUGAAGGCCAAGAUCCAGGAUAAAGAAGGCAUCCCUCCCGACCAGCAGAGGCUCAUCUUUGCUGGCAAGCAGCUGGAGGAUGGCCGCACACUCUCUGAUUACAACAUACAGAAAGAGUCGACCCUGCACCUUGUGCUCCGUCUGAGGGGUGGCUGUUAAUUUUUCAGUCUUGCAUUCUUAGGGCUCAGUGAUGGUAUUACUCUGUACUCUUUGCCAUUUGCCCCAAUUUAAGUUUAGAAAUAACCAGUUUGAGUAAUAGCUGAAUAGCUCGUUUCUCAAUAGCUGUUCAAAAUGUUUAAUAAAGGUUUUCUUGCAUGGUAA